AUGGCAUCCGGGUUCGUCGACUUCGACGCUGGUCACCGCGACCUGGUCACCGUCACCAAGUUCAAUUUCUAUGGCAACCGCAUUGUUACCGCGUCGUCGGAUCAUCGUAUGAAGGUGUGGGACCAGAAGGACGGUUCCUGGCAGUUGACGGACACCUGGCGCGCUCAUGACGCGGAGAUUCGCGAUGCGCAGUGGAAUGGUCCCUUCAUGGGCCAGCAUGUCGGGAGUGUGGGUGAGGAUAUGAAGUUCAAGAUUUGGCAGGAAGAUGUGACGCAGCCUCCCAACUCUGGCCGGCGAUUCAAGGCCAUCUUCCGCUUAACUGCACCUCAGAGAUACCCGUUUGUCUCUUUGGACUUCCGUAAUAUUGACCUGGAGACAUACCUUGGUCUUAUCACGCGGGAUGGGUACUUGAUGAUCAUGGAGCCCGUCAGCCCCGACACUUUGGCCGACUGGCAGGUUGUCGACCAGUUCCGGGUAUGCCCUGCACCCCAGCGAGGAGAGGAGACCAGCUUCAAGGUUCAGUUCCACCACGAUCCCACAGACAUCACCCACUCGAUCCUGCCGAGCUGGGAUCGGAAAAGUCUGUCCGUGGUGGUCGCAGCGAUGGACACUGUGAAGAUCUAUCGAACCGACACCAACCGUCGCUUCUACCACGCGAUUGAGCUGACUGGACACAGCGGUCUGGUCAGAGAUAUCUCAUGGGCCAAUGGCUCGGUCCGUGGCCAUGAUCUCAUUGCCAGCGGGUGUAAAGAUGGAUUUGUUCGCAUCUUCGAGGUGUACACCUCGGUCUCGAGCAGCGGGUCGCAGGGUGGCACCGACCGUGGUUCAGAAGCCUCGCCCCAGUCGCCUUCAAAUCGCCCAGCCGCACAGUCGGGCAUCGGCUCGGCCCUGGCUAACCGUGCUCCAUCCUCUCUAAGCAAUCGGCCAGCAACCGGUGACUCUCAGUUCAAGCACCACUUCAAGGAAGUCGCAUGUAUCGAGAGCAAACAUCUCGACGUAUGGUCGGUGGAAUUUUCAUAUGCAGGAGACUGCCUCAUCUCGUCGGGUGACGACGGCAAUGUGCGAUUCUGGAAGAAAUCUCUAUCUAGCGAAUGGCUGGAAUUCGCCGAGGCGAAUAUGGCAGAACAGUAG